UGCAUGACAGGCAGUAUCUACCGCAAAACCUCAACAACUUGGUUUUUGCUCGGCCAAAGCGUCUAUUGAGCCCAUGGAUCAAGUUCCACCACUCAGCCCGGUGGACUGGCCCGACGAGCGUGGGCCGUCUCUCUCGGCUCUGAGCGCCCGGAGCUCCACCGAACGAGGCCUCACCACCGGCUCACGCCAUGGCACACCCCGCGACCACGAGCGACGGGGCUUGGAGGAGCUGCGGGAGCGACGCGCGGGCGCUUCCCCGCGCAAGGUCCCGGAAGACGUGCCAAGCUUGCGGCUGGGGCUGCUGAGCCCCCGGAGUAGCUCCUCAGACGUCACCUCCAGGAGCGAACUCUUUGAACCUCAGAUCUCCAGCGGCGAGAAGAGCCGAGAGAUACAGGACCUUUGUCGCGAGAUGGAGGCGAUGCGCCAUGUGAUUCAGCAGGAUUUGGCGCAAAUGCGAAAGACCUGGACAGAUCUUCAGGUGUCAGCUGCCAGUGCAGGCCCAAAGCCACUGGAGACGCAGGAGAUCCAUUGGUUUCUGCCAGAGGUGAGCCAGGUCCACGAGGUUCCACCCGUCGAGGCGUUGGGGGCCAUAUGGCACCUGCAGAUGGAAGAGGAGCCAUCUGAAUCUGGUGCAUGGUGCUUCUCUCUUCGUUCCCCAAGCGGCUCAUCCUCGGGCUGUGCUUGGCGCAUCAACCUCUCAGUGCAACUGGCAGGCAGUGAUCCUCCCCUUGUGCUGGGCGAGCUGAGUGGUGCCCGUUUGGAGGAAGGCCCACCCUCGCUGCAUCUCCAGUGUGCGCGGCAAAGGCCUUUGCUUUGCAAAGCCUCCGUGCAACUGCGAGGUACAAGAAGACAGCAGAUUCUUUGCCAGGUCAGUGCCAGCGAAAAAGAGAAAAGACCUGGCGGCGUGUUCGUGGAGAAACAGCGGUGUGGGACAUGAUCAUUUAUGAUCAAUUUGGUCUUGCAGAAGUAGGAUGAAGAAGGUACCUGGACCCUCCUGUCGGGGUGUCCUGGCUGGACUACCCCACACUACCGGCCUAGGCUUCCAG